AUGCCUCCUUCUUCUUCUCCUGCUCCCAUGAGAGAACGAAAAUCAUCCAACAUCUCCAAGUACCUCUUGGCUUCGGAAAUGUUUGUCAGUGGCCCAAACGGCGAGUCUCUUUCCUGGUUACUGCAUAUGAAUCAACUAAAGAAAGGUGUUGGUAUGACCAAUGAAGAAGCAAUUCUGGUAGCAGCCACUCACUUCUAUGGCAUGGCUGCCAAGUGGUGGGCCAUCCAUGAGGCCAAAGUCACGACGUGGGAAGUCUUCUUAGAGGGGUUCAAGAAGCAGUUUGCCUCCCAGCAGAUGGAAGACGUCUGGUGGACCGAAAUCGACAAGACAAGGCAAAGCAUGGGACAAAGCAUUGGUGAGGUAGCUCUCCACCUGCAAGAGCUUUUUGGUCUAGUCGCUUUGGCCAAUGAGGCCCAGAAAAUCUGGAUUUUAUUGAAAGCUCUCCGUCUGGAGAUCACUUAUGAGGUGGAGGUGGUCAAAGAGAAGUAUUGUCGUUCUGGUUUGUGCCCAGUCCCUGAGUUUGGUCACUUCUCCAGACAAGGUUUGGUGUCCAAGAACUCCUUCGUGGAGGAUGCCCUCUCUGAGCUCAUUCAAGAAUUCAAAUCUAUAAAGAUCCAUUUGGUUAACACUCGUCAUUACCUUCCUCAAGCUUCUAGUUCUUCUGGAUUUGGUUUGCCUGGCUUUGGUAGUUCUGGUGCUGGUGGUUCUGGUUCUGGCUUUGGUGGUUCUUGUCCUGGUGGUUUUUGUCCUGGUGGUUCUGGUGGGUUCUCUGGUUCUGAUCCUCAAACUUAUCAUUGUUUCUGGUGCAGGGAAGAGGGUCAUAUCAAACCCAAUUGCACCAAGCGUUUGAACAAGGACAACGAUUUGGGAAAAGGUCAAGGGCGUCAGGUGGUUGACUCAUCGUCUUUUAAAGGUCCAUACACUUGUAACAAAGGAAAGGCUGUUGAAAAAACAGUACCAUUACACACUCUCUCAAACACGCUUCUGCUGCUUCAACAGCACUUAUAUGCACAGGGUCAGCUUAACACUUUCCCUACCAACAAUACCUAUAUGACUUCAGCUUCUGAUCUCUCUCCUCCUGUUCAUUCUUCCCCUUUGGCCCCCAAGCCCCAUCAUUUGCGUCCGCCUCCGAGAGAACUCCCAGUACACAUCAGUCACAAAGAUGUCUGGGAGAGACUGAAGAGCGUGGACGCCAGUCUUUCUCUGGCCAAUUGGCUUCUCUUAGACAAGUGUGCGUCCAAGGACGUCAAGGACAGCUUGCGUUUCUUAUCCGGCUGGAAGCAGAAGGUUGUUGCCUCUGGGGUGAACAUGGUCCAUCACCAAGAGGAAUCGUCAGACGGCGAGUCUUUUUAUUCAGACGAUUGGGAAACCCAGUCCCUGGAGACCGAUGCAGCAAACCUGAAUUCCAAUAGCAAGCUCAAUGGAUAUGACAGCAAUGACACAGUCUACAACUAUCACUACAACUAUAAAGACUUUGCGUCAAGUUAA